AAAUUUCUAUUCUUUCCAUAUUCGUCUGUGCUGCGUGAACUUCGAUAGCAGGAUUUACAUUUUCUUAAAUCCAUACAGACUGGUAAAAUGGCAACUAUCACUCGUAAUCUUCGACCAUAUUUAAAAUAUAUGCGUAACCAAAUCAGGACUUACGCUGAAGCAGUCAGUGAUGAAAUGAAAUUCACAUUUGCUGGUGCAAAUCAGGUAUUUUAUGAUCAAAGUGUAAUUCGACAAGUAGAUGUUCCGUCAUUUUCUGGUUCUUUUGGUAUCCUCCCAAAACAUGUACCUACCCUUGCCGUAUUAAAACCAGGUGUUGUUACAGUUUACGAACAAGAUGGUAACACUAAAAAAGUUUUUGUUUCUUCUGGUACAGUGACAAUAAAUGAAAAUAAUAGUGUACAGAUUUUAGCAGAAGAAGCUCAUCCGGUAGAAGAUCUUGAUAGUUCUGCAGCAAGAGAAAUACUUAGUAAAGCUCAACAACAACUUUCCUCUGCAACAACAGAUAAAGAUAAAGCCGAAGCAGCCAUUGCUGUUGAAGUUGCAGAAGCUCUUGUGCAUGCGACACAAUAAGUAUUAAAAAUUUUUGAAAUGUCGCCAUUACAUCUUAGAUAUACAUAUUUAACAUAUAAUUAUCCUAUUGCUGUAUAAAAUGCAGUAAAAAUAAAAUCUUAUAUUAAGAUCA